AUGAAGGGGAUACUAUUAUUCCUGUCGAUCUCAUGGGCGGCGAUGUGCCUGGCGAACCCGAUGGAGAAGCUCGACAAGCUGAACACGCUCGAGCAGACGUCGCCGACGGUAACGGACCGCGCCAAGUACGAGGAGGAGCUCCUCCGUAAAUUGAACUCGAACUGUUCCCAAAACCACCUGAGCAGCUGCGUGAUGCUGAAGCUGGUGACGCAUAUGAACAAGUUUCUGAAAAAGGCGUCGAUCGAGCUGACGGACGACAUCGAGAUCAGAAAAACCAGCCAGGUCGCCGAGGAGGUGGUCACGUUCGAGGCUGGCCGCAGCAAAGACGACGAGUCCGAGGUCCUCGACCUUGUCGCGAGCAAGGUGUACGCGUUCAUUAGGUCCAGGAGCAUCAAAUGGAGGAUUCUGCCGGAAGACGACGUCGUCGUCUCGGCUUCCGAGGACGAGAACGGAUCGUUAAACCUCAGCCUGUCCAUUGAACGGUCUGACAACCCUGUGCAGGAUGGUCGCGGGAAGAAGAACAACAACCUUGGACCCCUGAUCGCCGCCGCGGUGCUGAAGAUCGGCCUGAUCGGCGGUUUGGCCUUCAAGGCUCUGGCCUUGCUGGUCGGCAAGGCGUUGCUCCUGUCGAAGAUCGCUUUGCUCCUGGCGGGCAUAAUCGGCUUGAAGAAACUGUUCUCCAGCCAGAAGCACGUCACGUACGAGGUGGUCGCGCAUCCUCAUCACAGCUCCAGCCACACCUUCAGCUCCGAUCACGGUCACGGGGACAGCUACAGCAGCGGCUGGGCGAGGAGUUUCCAUGGUCAAGGGCCCAUUCCUGGGCAACCGGACGCCCACGAGUUGGCCUACUCGGCGCACGUCAAGUGA